ACCCAACACAGUAUAACCAUCACUAAAAUCUAACACCUUUAUCAUGACCACACUCUAGUGAGUGAACCCCUUCCCCCUAUUCGACAGAUUCUGCUACCACUGCCCCCCCGCCGCAUCGAACCUAACACCAACGAAACAGUAAAUCAUUUCGCAGGGCAUUGACCACCAAAGACGGUGCUCUACUCGGCUGUAUCUUUUCCUUGGAAAAUCCGGACCGUGGGACAUAUGCUUUCUCUACAAAUCACGAGAGGAUUCGCGGUGACGUCGAAUACGAAAUCUCUGGCCUGACCCACCUACGCGAUGAGAAUACUAGGGCUGCUUGGGUCGACACCUUGGUCACCUACUGGAAGAUAGCAUACAUUCUGGAGCGGGACGAUGUGGCAGAUGUGAGUUGGUCGAAGGCUUACGAGGGGCAGAAGGAUCUUUUACUGUUGGUCCCCAUCUCCCCUUCAAAGUUUAAUGCCCUUUUAUAGCUGACGGAUGACCUGAUAUUCUUGCGGGGGAAAAGAGCUAUGGUUAGGGGUUAUACGAAGGGAAACUGGCCGCAUUGGACACUUCCCGUUAUGUACCAGAUUUGCCUAUCUUUGAGAACCGUCGCUAUAUCAUCGGAUGACCAAGCCCGAAGUCUUGGGAAGGCCCCGGAACACCUUGAGGAUGCGGCGAGGUAUAUUAACAAGGCUUUUACGUUAUGUAUCAGCGACCGGUACGUUCACAUCUUGGUGCGUUUUUUGAGGGGCGGAAGGCCAACCAACUAAUGCCGCCAUAGCGCUCCUAUUGAGGAAUCGAGGAAAUGGGGGACUUACUAUAUUGUUAACCUGAUGUUCAAAACUUACUUCAAGGUAUACGUCUUUACGUGGUUAUUGAUAGGCUGAUGAUACUUACAAUUGACUAGUUGAAUUCUGUUGGUCUAGCAAAAAAUAUACUUCGCGUGCUUCCUGCUUCCCUUGCUGACAUGCCACCAUUGGAAGCAUUUCCUAAAAGUCACAUUGUCACCUUUAAAUACUACUGUGGAGUUGUCAGCUUCUUAGAAGAGGACUACGGGAAUGUACGUCGCUCCUGCAGUCGCCCCUCCCCCGCAUUAUAGCGAUCCCGAUUCUAACACCUCACUGUAGGCAGAAACACACCUAACCUAUGCUCUAAACCACUGCAAAGCUGAUUCCAUCCGCAACAAAGAGUACCCCCUCCCCCAAUACCUGCCUGCAAUUACUCGACUAAAACACACCAGACUAAUCCUAACCUACUUGAUCCCCACAACAAUGCUAACAAAGCACAAACUCCCGACCCCGGAACUCCUAUCCCGUUUCCCCCGCCUGGCAGCACUCUUCAACCCGGUUUGCAAAACCAUUAAAUCCGGCAACCUCCAAGCUUUCGAUGCUGCCCUCCGUCACGGCGAAGAGGAAUUCGUAAGGCGUAGAAUUUACCUCACCUUGGAGCGAACGAAGGACAUCGCCAUGCGGAACCUCUUCCGUAAAGUCGUCCUGUACCAGAACGAGGAGAAUAGGACUAAGAUCCCAGUGAGGCAGUUUCAGAUCGCCAUGGGGUGUGCCGGUCGAGGAGAAGAGCUGGGGGCUGGCGGAUAUUGGGGCGGCAAUGAUGGCAACGAUGAUGGUGAGCAUGGGGAGGUGGAGGUGGACGGUGACACGGUUAUGCGGUCGACGCCAGAGAGGGUCGAAGUUGAAGUUGAGGAGGUGGAGUGUUUACUGGCUAAUAUGAUUUAUAAGGGCCUUAUGAAAGGCUAUAUCUCCCGCGAGAGGCAGACCGUCGUACUGAGUGGGAAAGAGCCGUUUCCUGGGACCGUAGUGUGA